AUGAAGAUACCAAGGCCAGACGGGCUACGUUUUAUAACUUCUUGUUUGUUCUUCAUUUGUUUCCUCUAUGCUUUGGCUUCUAUAACCGAACUGCGAUUCGACAGUCUUCUGGAAUUUGGGCGUUGUGCUCUUGCUAACAUCAACAUGCCCUCUGCUCAGUUGUAUAAUUCAUCAAACACUUUGCAUUCAUCACCAAAUAUCACUUCACUGGCCCUUAAUUCUUCCUCAAACGAUGAAAUCCGAGUACUUUUCGGAAUUCUAACACUUCCUGGCCAAUACCAACGCCGCCAUUUCCUUCGUUUGAUCUAUGGCACACAGACUCUGGUGGGCGCAAAAGUGGACGUGAAGUUUGUGAUGUGCAACCUCACCAAGGAAGACCAAGAAGUGCUUGUAGCAUUGGAAAUAAUGCGUUAUGAUGAUAUUAUUAUUCUCGACUGCGAAGAGAACAUGAACAAGGGUAAGACUUACACCUACUUUUCGAGCUUGCCCGAGAUGUUCAACAAUACAAAUGGGGUUUAUCCACCUUACCAUUAUGUAAUGAAAGCUGACGAUGAUGCCUACUUCAGGCUGCAGAACUUGGUGGACUCUCUGAAGCCGUUGCCUAGAGAAGACUUGUACUAUGGUUAUGUUAUUCCAUGUUCAAGCAUGGAGCCGUUUGGUCACUACAUGUCUGGCAUGGGGUACUUGAUUUCUUGGGACAUAGUGGAGUGGAUCAGAGAAUCUGAUAUCCCCAAGAACCACUUAGAAGGGCCUGAAGAUAAAACUUUUGGUGACUGGAUAAAAAAUGGACAUCGUGCUAAGAACAGGUUCAAUGCUAAGUGGUCCAUGUACAAUUUUCCUGAGCCACCCACGAAAUGUACACAUGAGCUUUGGCCACACACAAUUGCAGUUCAUUUGUUGAAGAAUCAAGAAAAGUGGAUUAGGACAUUGAAGUAUUUUAAUGUCACUGAUAAUCUCGAGCCUUCCAAAUUGUACCAUAUACCAUAG